CACAGCUAUUUUUAAUGUAAGUAACUUCUGCGAAAAGUGAACGCAUCAAAAUAGCGAAGUGUUUUUUAAAGCGGCAAAAGAUGCUCGCAGAAUCAAACCAGAAAGAGGCUGAAGAGGAUUUAUGUCAAUAUUUUGAAGGACAACUGUAUGGCGCAGACGUUGCAAACUAAAGGAUUUUUAAAUAAACUGAUGGCUACCAACAUUGUUUCGCAGUAGGAAGGAAAGUGAUUGGCGAAUAUUACGGUCUGCUGGAACUUGCGUCACAAAAUCGUGAUAUAUUUUUAUAAACUAUUCCAAGAUGAAGAUUAUCCAACACAUUUUCAAAGACAUUAAAUUGCAUCGACUAUUUCUGGAUCUUUCUCUUUUAUCGGCAAAGAUAAGUCUGGCGAUAAUAAUGGCAACUUUCAGAAUGAUUGUACCAUGUUCCAUGAAACGUUUAAUAGGAGAAACCGUUCUUAUCACUGGAGCUGGCCAUGGACUUGGCCGCGAAUUAGCGAUCCAGUUGUCUUCGAUGGGUUGUAUAAUUGUUUGUUGGGACAACGAUAUCGAUAGUAAUCGAUCAACAAUGAGAGAAGUGUCGAAAAAUGGCGGAGAGGUCUAUGGUUUCGUGGUCGAUGUCUCGAAAAGAAUGGAAGUGCGUGAGACAGUGAGAUUAAUGAGAAAAGUCGGUGUGCCAAAUGUUACAAUGCUCAUUAAUAAUGCAGCUGUAUUAUAUCAUAAGCCGUAUCUAAAUUUUGAUUCGGAUGACGUGGAAAAGACAUUUAAUGUUAACGUACUUUCAAAUUUUUGGACAAUAGAAGCAUUUUUGCCUAUGAUGUUGAUGAAAGGAAGCGGUCACAUAGUAGCGAUAAGUAGUAUGUGUGGAAUUUAUGGAGUGUCACAAAAGGUGGCAUAUUGCUCAUCAAAAUUUGCUGUGAGAGGCCUUAUGGAGGCUCUUCACGAGGAAGUACGAUUAGAUGAAAGAAAACCUAAUAUUCAUUUCACAACGAUAUAUCCAUUCUAUAUUGAUACAGGAUUAGCGAAGGAUCCUAAAUACAGGUUUCCUUAUAUUUUCGGCGUUGUGACACCAGAAUACGCCGCCCGUGAAAUAAUUAAAGCAAUUCGAAGAAAUUAUACUGAAUAUUCAAUACCGCGAUGUCUUUUUUCUUUAAAUGCAAUCAACAGGAUUGUUCCAGAGAAUGUAAUGCGUUUGAUAUUAGACUUUUUAGCGGAUGUCGAUCAAAAACAGAAAGAAAAAGACACAAUGAAUGCGAAACUAGAUUUGAUAAAAACUUAAAAAUUAUACAAAGGUGCUAUAUUUUUUUUUAUUAGGUAUGAAUUUUACACAAUAGAUAAAAUGAAGUUUACCUGUAAUAUACAAUACAAUAAUGUAUUAUUAGAUUAAUAAACAUACAUACGU